UGACACUUCAAAAAUCAGUGUUAUUCGUUCAUUCACGAAUGGUGAUAGAAGAACAGGUUGUUGUGUAGCCGUCAAAGUUACAAAUAUUUUUCUGCCAUUAUUCCAACUAUAUAACGGAGAUAUUCUGCAUCAUUUGUAACUAAAUCGAUAAGCAAACGCGAAUCGUGAAGAAUGGCUUGCCGAUGACAAACGUAGUAUUACCAAACUCGUCUUUCAAAAGAUGUUGGCGGCUAUGAAGAGCAUCGUGGUAUGCUGCAAAACUCUUACCGAGAUUUGGGUGAAAUUGUAACUAGUUUUAAUAUUUGCAGUUAUGUUGAAUAAAUUCUCCGUACUUGAAAUGCAGACCACAUUGAAAGGAUCCGGCCAGCUGAAAGCCAAACAAGCUAUAACUUUUGAAGUUCUUUGCCAUUAGAAAGUAAUUUUUUACUUAUAAGUUCGGCUGGCGCAGCCUAUGCCAUGAUUUAUUUAUUUUUUUUAAGAAGGAGGACUAGUAUCCCAGUAUCGUUUAGAUAAUUGUGGACUUUUGGAACCAACUGUCUUACGUAAUCUGAUGUGAUACAAAAGUUCAGAUAAAAAUGACUUUGUUGCUUUGAGCAUAAAAGCUUAUUGCUCUUCUUCACUGUCAUUUAUUGAGACAUACAGCAACAACAUGCCACUCCUGAAUGGCAAACACAUCGGCAGCAUUUUUUCGAUAUUGGUAGGAAUACUGACCGUGGCUACCAAUCCGUCUGUGGCAGAAAAUGACCAAAUAUCUCUCAUGGUUGCCGGCGAAAUGAGUCGCGCAAGUUGUCCAGAAGAUUACACUCCAUGUAGUUGCACAGUGGACGUAGGAGGAGGUCUGAGAGUCGUAUGCACCGAGGUGCCCGUUCAAGACGUAAUCGACCUGUUUAACCGAACGGCUGCACAAGAUAUCGAAACGUUUGGAUUGCAAUGGUCAAGGAGUCCGCUGGAGUCUGUCACAAUUCCUGCCGAUCUUCUCGGUGGUUCUCGCGCAAAACUCAUCGGAGUUUACUGCCCAAGCAAAGUGGAGCCUAGAGUCCCGCUUCGGAUGGAUGAAAAUGCGUUCCGUUUGUCGCGUAACUACACCGACACAUUCCUCACGUUCUAUUGCGAUUUUAGUCAACAGCCGAACUUGCAAUUCUUGGCUGGAUUCAACAGUUUGACGAUAUUAGAAAUCGGACUCGCCACCAAUCUACAAGCCAUCGGGCGUCUGCCCACGUUGCCCGCCCUUACCACACUGCAUGUCAUGGACAGCACUGGUUUAGUCGAAUUCCCCGAUCUCACCCCAGCUGUUCUGCAAACCCUCUUUUUGAACGGCAAUCAGCUGGGUGACACUAUGGCCGCAGCUUUACUGGAUUCAAUCAUCUUAACAUCAACUAUUCGCUUGUUUACAUUGAGAUUAAACAGCAACCAAUUGACGCGAGUACCUACCCAACAAAUGAAUUCUUUGCCUGAACUACGAAACCUUUAUCUCGAUGACAACAGCUUAUCAGUACUUGAAACUGGAUCGCUCACUUUCACAUUUCCAGUUACAACAUUAUCGCUUUCAUCCGCAUCGAUCAAUAUCAUCGAGCCGGGAACUUUUCAAGGCGAUUUUUCGAUGUCAGUGAUUAAUUUAUCUAACAAUAACUUGACCCGUUUCGAGUCGGCCGUCUUCCUCGAUAUAUUGGAACAGAUGAACCUACCGUUCGCUGUCGGUUACAUCGAUAUUGAAUCGAAUUUAAUGAAAUGCGAUUGCAGUCUAGCAUGGUUGAUCCGUGACAAUCGAUCAUUAAUGCCCGCCGUCCAUAACGGAUUAUGCGUGAAUGGCAUUGCUUUCGAGAGCCUCAAUCCGGCCUAUUUUGCCGAUUGCCCUUAAAUAAGGGUUUGCCAAAGUAGAAAUCGAGGUCUUUAGCAAAUGGGCACGGUCCGAGCUGCGGUCGCUUACAGAGCACCCUGGUGGCAACAUAAAAUUCCAUCUGUACUUGCGGCCAAGGGCCUGAGGAUUUAUCA